ACUCAUAACUCAAAUAAAACUUAAUGUGUGUUCAUCAGUAGUUGUUUUUGUGUGUGUGAAUGUCCACAAAACUGGAAGACUAAAAUACUCCACCUAAUUUCUCAGGUAGCACAUUUCUUAUAAAAAGAAACUUGAACACACAACUUAAAAGACAAACUUAAUUUGAAACAGGAUUGGCAUAACAUGAAUUAAAAACAAAACAAAACUCAUCCUGUUAUAUAAUUCGUUGUGUGGACAAUCCAGCAUCAUCAGUCCGUGAUUAAUUUCCCUCACUCUGCUCCAACUGAGCAUAAGCUCAUCCCCCUUUUCUUCUUUUAACUUCAUUCAGCCCGGGCAGCUAGUCAAACAGGCUUUUGUGCUUGCUCUCAGAAGUACUUGGACAAUAAAAGCGGGAGUAACAAUUCAGUUUUAGUUACAUUAACCAUCUUGAACAUCAGGACCAUUACAUGAAUCAAAGACAAACCAACAAUGAGUGAGUACAACACAAAAAGUGUCUCUAUAUACUGUAUGUUUAUUGGUUUGUCAGACUCACUGUCUGAUUCAUUUCUAUAAUUUUAGAGCACGAUCGCAUGUGUGGCAGUCAAUGUCUGGGUCCGAUGACUUUCAAUAAGGACCUGACAGGCCAAUACGUGACCCUCAGACAAAAAGGACAACUCGCGUCCAGAGACACCUCAUCCUUUAUGAACGGUUUGGCAUUUCUCAGCCGCACUGUAAAGGUUGCUGAAAAGCUGAGUAUACGUAUUGAGAACUGCACCUCGUUGUGGGAUGGAGCUCUUCAUGUGGGUUUCACCAACAUCUGCCCACAGAAAAACGGUUUACCACCUGCCUCAGUACCAGACCUCAGGGACACACAAGGAUACUGUGUUGUGCCAGUACCUGAGGACUUGUGUAGGAGUGGUGUACAGCUUCAGUUCUGGAUAAACUAUGCAGGCAUGGUUAUUGUUCAAAAGAUAGGUGGGGAGAAAUAUUACCUCAAAGCAGAAAGACUGAACCUGAAUAAUCCGCUGUGGGUGUUCAUUGAUCUGUACGGGAGCACAAGCGCUGUCCGCCUUCUGAGUAAGUGUGAGAAAAUAACUUUCGAACUAAAUUUCAAUUGUUAACUGCUACUUGAAUCCAUUUAAAAUAUCAAAUCUUUUGUAAAAAUGUUGAAUGUGCUGUAGGAUCAAGGAGGGGCAGUCGAACAUCAUGCCCGGACCGUCCUGUAGACAGUACAUCUGGCAUCAACUUGCUAGCAAGAGCGGUUGAGCGACACACAGAGGUACUUUUUUUUGCAACUCUACCUGCUAGUUGACAUUUACUUGACAAUACCAAGCAAUUAACCUGUGAUUUUUCUUUUUCACAGAUGAACACUCACACAUUAUCACAAUCACAUUCUCCUCCACCUGUUCCUGCACAACAGAGACACCGGUUGACUUCAACAAGCACUAUUCUUUCAGAUUCAAGCCGAAACUCUUCAAUGGAGGACAUGGACUUUAUCUCUUUGCUCAGAGAGUUUCAGCACAUGCAUCUCAGUGGCAGCGAGCACAUUUCAGUAUUGGUUUCUCGUAACAAGGUGCUGCAGAGUGCUACAGAUUCUGUUUCCAACUCUUAUUUUUCUUGGACCAAAAUCCCUCUCGUGACAUUUGUUGGUGAGGAAGCCCUUGACCGUGGAGGUCCAAGCAGAGAGUUUUUCAGAAUCCUGAUGAUGGAGGUGCAGAGAUCGCUGGGCAUCUUUGAGGGGCAGCCUGGACACCUUUUCUUCACCUAUGACCAGAUGGCACUGGAAGAACAUAAGUAUGAGUUGGCGGGGAAGCUGAUUGCGUGGUCUGUGGCUCAUGGUGGCCCAGGACUCAAAUUUCUUGACCCCUGCCUGUACCAGCUGAUGUGCACCCAGGAAUGUCAGCUGGUAGACUUUGACUGGCACCUAAUACCAGAUGCUGACAUUCAGGACAAACUACAAAAGAUUUCCUCAUGCAAAACGAGGGUAGAUCUCCAGAGGCUGCAGACAGAGCAGGGUGACUGGAUCUGUGAAUGUGGUUUCCCUGGAAUAUACAGACAUGAAACUUCCAUUAGAGAUGUGCCAAAGAUUUACUCCUUUGCAGUUCGACACUACAUAUAUCUGAGAACAUCAAGUAUGAUUCAUCAGUUCACAAAAGGACUGAAUGCUUAUGGACAGUUCUGGGAUAUGGUAAGAACUCACUGGGUUGAGUUUCUACCCAUCUUUACCAACAUGCAUGAGCCCCUUUCCAGAGGCACAUUUAGAGACCUGUUCCAAAUCCACUGGAGUAAACCAGGGACCAAGAAGAGGGAGGCAGAGGAGCAGACUAUACACUGCUGGGAACUGGUACUUAAGAUGAUUGAAGAAAAAAAACCAAAAGCUCCACACAACGAGUUGCAUUUUGAGGAGAUUUUGGCUUUCAUAACUGGAGCAGAUGAGGUCCCACCACUUGGGUUUUCCCAGAAGCCCAGCAUUCACUUCAAUCAACCAGAGCAGUGUGGAUGCCGUCUACCAUUUGCCAACACAUGCAUGAUGGGAUUGUUCCUGCCCAGGGUUGUAAAAGAUGAAGUGCAACUUUACAGGAUGAUCCUGAGAGCAAUCAGGGACUCAGCUGUUUUUGGGAGAACAUAAACAUAUAUAAUUAAUUAUAUAAUUAAUUAAAUGGUCAUAUCCAUAAUUAAGUACAUUUAUAAGCUUUAUUUCAUUAUUUAAGA